GCCGCGGAGGAACGUCCCUUGACUUUCGCGUCGGUCGUCGACCUUCGCCUGAAGACGACCGGAAUACCGGAUGGGACGACUUUCGGGGUGGGGGUCUCUCACGUUCGGAGCCGUCCCCUGAAAGGGUCUGUCAGAACCUCCUUGAAUCUCACGACGUUUGCGUCCACGGAGGGAAAUUCUGCAAUUCCACAAUGCAUAUACGUCUACGGAUAUUAUGGCUGACCUAUUACGUAAUUACUUCCUACUUCGUUACUGCUCAAUUUGGAAGACGGAUCAGCAAACAGGUUCCGCGGUUACCACACAAGCCAAAUACACCACGUAUCGUGUGCUACUACAGCGCAUGGGCUCUUUAUCGGCCAGAGCCCAUGAAUUACGACAUCGAGGACAUUCCACUCGACAAGUGUACGCACCUGAUUUACUCUUUCGUGGGCCUCAGCAACCAAACGUGGGAACUGUUCAGUAUUGACCCCGAGUACGACUUCAAUAAAGGAGGUUAUCGUCGGUUCACGUCUUUACGUAAAAAGUACCCGCACAUUCGAACCCUCCUGGCCGUCGGUGGAUGGGCAGAAGGGGGCAAGAAAUACUCGGAGAUGGUGAGCCAGACCGGUCGCCGCCACACGUUCAUCAACAGCGCCCUCAAGUGGGUCCAGACGUACGGUUUCGACGGUUUUGACCUCGACUGGGAGUAUCCCGGUGCGUACGAUCGCGGAGGUGCUUUUUCCGACAAGGCCAACUUCCUCCUGCUGGUCAAGGAACUGCGGUCGGUCUUUAACCAGUACAGACUACUCCUGACAGCCGCUGUACCGGUGGCUAAGUUCAGGCUCCAGGAGGGCUACGAAGUGGCGGAACUAUCCGAGAUUCUGGACUGGAUCAACGUAAUGACCUACGACUUGCGUGGAAACUGGGCGGGGUUCACAGACGUCCACAGUCCCCUCUUUAGAAGACCAUUCGAUGAGUGGGCGUAUGAAAAGCUGAACGUGCACGACGGUCUUCAGCUGUGGGUAAGCCUCGGGGCUCCCAAAGAGAAGCUGGUUGUGGGUAUUCCUUUCUACGGGCGGACAUACACUUUGAGUGACAAGGUUAACACUGGUCUAAGAGCCUACAUCAACAAGGAGAAAAUGGGAGGGCUUCCCGGGCCCUAUACGAAUGCGACAGGAUUCUUGGCCUACUACGAGAUAUGCCCACACGUCAACUCCGGUACGUGGACAAAGAAGUUAGACGACGUGGGACACUGUCCAUACGCCUAUUACGAUAACCAGUGGAUCGGGUAUGAGGACGAAGAGAGCAUCGCCAUUAAGGCGGACUACAUCAAACAGCAUGGCUACGGAGGUGCAAUGGUGUGGGCAAUAGACAUGGACGACUUCCAGGGCGUCUGCGGCAAAAAGAAUCCCCUCAUCACAGUGAUCAACGAGAAGCUUGCCGAUUACGAAGUUCCACCUCCCGACGCCUCUGCUACGACUCAGACACGGUCUACCUAUGAUGACGGCCUGUGGAAGCCGAGGUCUACUACGCCACUUUCCACGACGUCCACUACACCAUCCACAACUACAACUACAACUACAACCACAACCACUACUCCACCCACCACAACAACUACAACAACUACUCCACCCUCCACCACAACUGCAACGAGCACAACAAGCACGACUACCACGGAGCCCACCACCACAAGUACCUUAGCAGCUCAGAGGAUUACUUUUCCUCCAGAAACGAUACCACCCACGACAACAACCACUACGACCACUGUCGCGCCUCCUCCUAAGAGUUACCCACGUGACUGCGACAGCCCAAACAUCUCCUUCAUACCGCACGAGAACGACUGUACAAAAUAUUACUGGUGCGUUUACGGUACUCCCAUAGUCAUGUUCUGCGAGGGCGGCACCAUAUGGAACCAAGAUGCUGGAAACUGCGACUGGUCUGAGAAGGUUGCCAGACCCGAAUGCAAGCACAUCACGAGGAAAUCCAAGAAGCCGAGAAAGAAUUGAAUGCCGGAUAAGAAAGUGCUAUAAAUAACAGUAUUAUCUCUCGUGUGUUGGAGCGCACUGUUGUGCCACUGAAAACUGCUGCAAGCGUAGUUGUCCUUGAGUCUUCUUCUUGUCAUUCCGAAGGAUACACGUAACGAAAGGAAGGAACAAAUGAUCCUGGUACUUAGUCGUGCGCGGCGACUACUUAGUUUUUUUAUUUUAUUAUUACUUUUUUUUUUACGGUGUGACGACAUGAGAGUCAGGUGCUUCCCUAGAUUUUGAACAGUGUGGACAAACGGACCGACGUUUCUUGUUCCCGGUGAAUGAGGGAUUGCCUAGCUGUUUCUGUUUCCCUUUGUUUGUGGAAUCCCUGAAAUUCCGCAUCGUCUGCCUGUCCAAGCUAUUUCACGUGGCGUCUAAUAAAUAGUUGUUCUGUCCAG